AUACUCUUGUGACAAAUGAGCACACCUGCGACGCCGCAAGGCGCCAAAGUCCCAUCCUCUUUCUCUUCUUCAUUUUCUCUCAUACAAAGCAAAGCACAUCCCCAUGGGUAUUCUAUCCUGAGACCCCGAAGUUAACUUUCAGAAGCUCACCGCCCCCCGCGCCGCCGCCCCCCCUUUAAAAUGACGAAAUUGUCCUCCUCUUUCUCCUGAUUUACUUACCAUGGCUCCCCUCCUUUACUGCCCGUAUUCCAGUGAAGUAGCUGAAGCCAGGUGGGCCAUGGAUGUCCCCGAAGCUCAUGUUCAUCCUCGCCACCACAACUAUCCAUUCAGGCAACAACGAAGUUCUUUCUCUUCUUGCUCUUGGCUACUCCGUUCUGUCAGGUUCUUAUCUCCGCAUAUACAUCAUCAUGUUCCACUAGGGAAUGGGAAUUUGUUCAGCUUCACCCUUUGUGUAGGGAUUCGAAAUUCUUUCAGAAAAUCCCCUGUAAUGUCCUUGGAGAAAGACAAGUCAAUUACUACUUUUAAAGGAAUGUGCAAGGUAGUUUGGACUAUUGAAGCUGAUCUGGCUGUUGGUGAGCUUCUAUACAUUACUGGAGAUCCUAUUGUAUUAGGCCGCUGGGACCCAAAGAUGGCAAUACUAAUGUCUCCUGCAGAACAUGCCAACUCAUGGAAGGCUGAAGUCAAGAUUGACAUUGGUGCAAAUUUCAAAUAUAAUUAUUUCAUAAAGAGAGAAACAUGGCCUUAUGAAAUCAUUUGGAGACCAGGACCUGAAUUUUCUCUCUCGGUAUUCCUACCUGUCAAACAACGUAAGAAUAUUGUGGUGAGAGAUUCUUGGGUAAGAUUUAAUACUGACUUGCCCCCUGCACAUUCAUUGAGGUCAUGGAUAGAGGACGCAUAUCAUGCAAUUCAACCUUUUAUCUCAGCACCAGCUAUAGAUGAGGAUGAGAGAGUGAAACACUUUAGAAGUGAUUCAACAGACACAAAGCACUCCUCAGGUGAUCUGUCUAUGAAGGAUGAAUUAUACUCUGAUCACAAUAUUGAGACCUCUGUUUGUGAGGAAUCAGUUUCCAACAGAAUUUUGACCGAAAAAUAUCAGCCUAUAGAAGAACCUUGGCUACUCCAGACACCUCUCUUCUCUACUGCAUCUAAGAAUAAGAUGGAGCUGGAUGUGUUAAAAAACAAUGAAACUGUGGAAGACAAAGGGACAGAGCUGGAAGAUAAAGAAAAGCCUCAACAAGGGAGUAAUGUGAUCUCCAAAGAUCCGAUUUCAACAAUUAUUUUGAUUAACUCUUCAAUAUGUACCAUGCAAAGAAUUGCUGUGCUAGAAGAUGGGAAACUAGUUGAGUUAUUACUCGAACCAGUUAAAAACAAUGUGCAAUGUGACAGUGUGUAUCUUGGGGUGGUCACAAAACUUGUUCCCCAUAUGGGUGGAGCAUUUGUAAAUAUCGGGAGUUCUAGACCCUCUCUUAUGGACAUAAAACGAAACAGGGAACCAUUCAUAUUCCCUCCAUUUCAGCGACAAACGACAAAAAGAGAAGUUAAUGGUGCUCUGUCUGAAGUAUUGCCAGAGCAUUCAGCUGCUCUUGAAAAUGAUCAUGCAUCACUAGGUAUCGAAGUAGGUGACGAAAUCACUGAAAUUGGUUUGCAGGAAGAUUCUGUACAGUCUUUUCAUGAUCAUGAUGAGGAGCAUGAAAGUGAUGAUGAUCUUGAUAUUACUGAAGUUCUUAGGGACAAUGAGAAUGGUAGCCUGCUGAGUUAUGGUGAAGCAGAAGCUCAUUAUGAAGACUCCUUGGACGGACAAGAACACCAACGAGGAGGUGAAACUAUUAGUGGCUCCUUUCAUGCUGCCAUAAAUGGUUCUAGCAAUUCCCAAAUGCCUUACCCACGAGAUACGAAGGAGUCUGAACAUACAGUCACUAGUGUAAAUAAGUGGGCCCAGGUUCAAAAAGGCACUAAAGUAAUUGUACAAGUUGUUAAAGAGGGUUUAGGUACAAAAGGUCCUACACUAACUGCUUAUCCAAAACUUAGAAGCAGAUUCUGGGUAUUAAUUACUCGAUGUGAUAGAAUUGGAGUCUCAAAAAAAAUCUCUGGGGUUGAGCGGACACGCUUGAAAGUCAUAGCAAAAACAUUGCAGCCUGAGGGUUUUGGUCUGACUGUGAGGACUGUUGCAGCUGGUCAUUCCUUAGAGGAAUUGCAGAAGGACUUAGAAGGCUUACUUUCAACUUGGAAAAGUAUUAUGGAACAUGCAAAAUCUGCUGCUCUUGCUGCAGAUGAAGGUGUCGAUGGAGCUGUUCCUGUAAUUUUGCAUAGGGCAAUGGGUCAGACACUCUCAGUUGUCCAGGAUUAUUUUAAUGAGAUGGUUGAGAGAAUGGUAGUUGACUCUGCAAGGACAUAUCAUGAGGUUACUAAUUACCUUCAGGACAUUGCCCCUGAUCUUUGUGAUCGAGUUGAGUUAUACAACAAAAGAAUUCCUCUUUUUGAUGAAUUUAAUAUUGAAGAAGAGAUCAACAGUAUGCUUAGUAAAAGGGUUCCUCUUGCUAAUGGAGGCUCUUUAGUAAUUGAGCAAACCGAGGCAUUAGUUUCGAUUGAUGUAAAUGGAGGACAUGGGAUGUUUGGUCGUGAGACUUCACAGGAGAAAGCUAUUCUAGAUGUCAACCUUGCAGCUGCUAAACAAAUAGCAAGGGAGUUACGGCUGAGGGAUAUUGGUGGCAUUAUUGUGGUAGAUUUCAUUGAUAUGGCAGAUGAUUCACAUAAAAGAUUGGUGUAUGAAGAAGUUAAGAAGGCUGUUGAUAGAGACAGAUCAAUGGUUAAGGUCUCUGAAUUGUCCAGACAUGGACUUAUGGAAAUAACAAGAAAGAGGGUUCGACCAAGUGUGACAUUUAUGAUUAGUGAGCCGUGUCCUUGUUGUCAUGCUACUGGGAGGGUUGAAGCUUUAGAAACUUCCUUCUCAAAGAUUGAACAAGAAAUUUCACGGUUACUUGCAACAAUGGACCAGAAAGCAGACCCUGAAAACCCCAAAUCCUGGCCAAAAUUCAUUCUGCGGGUUGAUCGUUACAUGUGUGACUACUUGACUUCUGGUAAAAGAACAAGGCUUGCUAUCUUGAGUAGCUCCCUCAAAGUCUGGAUUCUUUUAAAGGUAGCCAGAGGCUUCACUAGGGGUGCAUUUGAAGUCAAACUGUUUACAGAUGACAAGGCAAAUGAAAAUCGGCACCAAGUUAACAUUUCCCUGUUACGACCGACAGAGACUAGAAAUAAAGAACCGGGCAACAAGGUGACCCUCUUUCCAGUUAAAAAAUGGAAGGGUGGCCGGAAAUGAAAAUUUCCAGAGAGUAUAUAUGUCUGUGCUAUUGUACAAAAAGAGGCGAUUCUUUACUCAUUUUUAUAUUGGAGGAGAAUGGACGGAGAAGAAAGGGAAGCUCUUGGUAUUGUCUUGUUGAUAGUAUGUAAGUUGUUUGAGUCAGGUUCUAACAACUCAAUCAGCAGUUUAGAGCAAAAAAAUUCUCAUUGUAGUAAUGCUAGCCUGAUCAGUUUUGUUCUCUUAUUCGCUUUCUUUUCGUGGGUCUUUGAGCCGGUUUUGUUUGUUUCUUGAGAAACAAUCUUUUCCUCCAAGUAAUUAUUCAAGAUAGCAGUUUCAGAAUCAAGAAUUGUAACCAAAUUUUCCUUUUUGCAGUAAGAUAUAGUUUUGGUCUA